AUGUGGUUCCAGGACACCUGGCGCGUUCAAGUUGGUUGGUAUGAACCCAUACCAACCACUAUCGCUACACAAUGGCUAGAACAUCGUUCGCAACUUCAUCGAAUGGCCGAUUUAAAAGUGAGCCGCUGGUUCGGUACUGGAACGACUGGGUCGUUCACUGAAUUGCAUCUUUUCGCUGACGCCUCGGAGCGCGCUUACGCUGCGGUGAUGUACGCGCGCACUAUUCACGCUGAUGGGCAGAUUGUCGUGUCUAUAAUUUCGUCAAAGACUAAAGUGGCACCCAUAAAGCCCACGUCGCUACCGCGCCUGGAAUUGUGCGCCGCUCAUCUCGCUGCCAAGCUAGCCAGAAGUGUACUUUAUAGUUGGGGCAAUCAGCGUUACCUUAUGUUCGUUUGGACAGACUCAACAAUUACGCUGGCAUGGUUGCAAGCACACCCUAGCCGAUGGGAAACGUUUGUCGCGAAUCGUGUUUCCGAGGUCCACGAAGUUCUUCCUGCCGAAUGCUGGAAUCACGUACGAUCUGAAAAUAAUCCAGCGGAUUGCGCUUCUAGAGGUGUAACACCACUUAAACUCCUGCAUCAAGAGCAGUGGUGGAACGGUCCAAGUUUCCUGCGUAGUUCAAACGCUUUUUGGAAGUCCGGUUCGUCAAAGACGCAUGUGACUGAGUUUGGUCUGCGGAAGAAAGUACGGGCGCAUCUUACUCAUUCGGACAAUCAUUGGUCUGUAAUGACCAAAUACUUAUCGUAUUCGAAACUAAAGCGUGUCAUGGCCUACGUUUUACGCUUCGUAUUCAACGCUCGCUCCAUUACUCUGCAUAAUGCUGAGAAACGAUGUGGUCCUGUUAGCUCUACAGAAAUAGCUGAAGCUGAACGCCGCUUAAUUAACGCAAAAAGGCCGAUCCCGCUUCGCAGUAGCCUAUUGCGCUUACAGCCAUUUCUUGACUCGAAUGGUAUUCUUCGAAUUGGUGGUCGUCUUAAGUCUGCAAAGCUUGCAUACGAAUCGAAACAUCCAGCCAUUUUACAUAAAAACGCGCCGCUGUCUAAGUUAAUCGUAGCAGAUAUUCAUCGUUUUACAUUACAUGGAGGGCCGCAGUUAAUGCAAGUAGUCUUACAGCGCCGCUACUGGGUUAUUGGUGCCCGCAACUUAAUCCGUAACAUUUACCACAAAAACGUAGUCGAUCUCGAAGUUUUAACUCCGGGCCACUUUAUGGUCGGCGAACCGCUUAAGUCGAUCCCGGAACCUGAGGGUCAAGGGUUCCGUGGCACGCUACAUCAACGAUGGCAGUUGAUUUCCGCAAUAAGACGGCACUUCUGGCGUCGCUGGAGAGAUGAGUAUCUAGUCAGCUUACAGCGUCGGGCUAAGUGGUUUCGCCCAUCGCGUAACUUCAAAGAAGGAGAUAUUGUGGCUGUUUUCAAUGAGCUCAGUCCACCUACAAAGUGGUUGCUCGCAAGGGUGAUUCAUUGUCAUCCUGGAGCUGAUGGUCGUGUACGAGUCGUGACCGUGAAGACGUCGACUGGGGAGUUCGUCCGUUCAAUAGCGAAGUUAUGGCUACUGCCCACAAAGAAGGAUCUAUUUUCCGAGGAAUAG